AUGGGCCAGGGCCAGACGAGCAGCGAUUGGCAUGUGGCUGGGCAUGCGACUGCGACAGUGCCGGGCGCUCCCAAGCACAAGGGCGACCAAGGGCGACCCAAGGGCAACUCACACGGCCUGGCUGCCUUGGGUUGCCGGCUGAGCGAGGGCGUGCAACUGGCGAUCCAGGGUGUGGUCUCGAUCGCGGCCUCCCUUGCACCGCCGCCCAAUGGGCCCCGAAUGCCCACCUGCCCUAUGUCCGCCGUGUCCCCGCGCCCACACACCCACUCACUCACGCUGUCUGCUACUCUUUUGCUAGCACCCUCUGCUAGUCUGCUAGUCGCCAUCGAGAUCAACCACAUCGCCGCUACCUCUGAUCGCAUCCACAACUGA